AAGGGUCCAAGGAAGGCAAAAACUCCUAGGAGCCGCGGAAAUCAUAAUGCAGUCUUGGCUCAAUGUUGAGAAGAUUCAUUGGGAAAAGAGCACAGUGAUCAACCUGUCUCCACUAUGUCUGCUGAAGACUCAUAAAGCGGGGAAGUGGCAUCCUGAGAUGGUUAUCUUUGCUGUGGUGAGAUGAGCACAGAUACAUCUGGAGUUCAAAUCCCAGAAGCACAACUUCAGUUAUUUCACCUCUCUGAGCCUGUUUGUUUUCUAAACUGCAAAAUGGAGCUCCCACAACCUGUCAGAGGUAGGGAAGGAAGAGAAAAUGCAAGCUAAAACGGUACCAGGUACUGCUGUAAUGAGCUUUACGUGUAUAUCCUGCCAACCCCACAGGGUAGGUAAUAUUCCAUCACCACAGUGUGUGCUCUACAGAAUCGAAACCUUGAUUGGAAUUUCGUCCAAAGAAACAAGCCACAAACAAGGACGCCCCCCUUUCCCUAUCUUAAAAGUGGAGUUUCAAUGGCCCAGAAACUCCUGCGUCCGUCAGCGUUUCGCCUGCACCCCCUGCCGGCGAGAGGGGGCACCGACCGGCCGCAUCUUGCGUGAGCGUCCACACUCAAGACCCGCAGAAAGAGCGCGGACAUCCUCUGGGCUGGGAAAGUGAAGGCCCCAGAGCCGGAGAGGACCGGGGACCUCGCCCCGGGCUACCAGAGGGCUACAGAGCGAGCCGUGGGGUGGAGACCUCGCGCUGGGGGCGGGGCCCGUGUAGGGGCGGGGCCUCCAGUUGGGGAGGGCAAGCUUGCGGGGCCCAGACGUGGCGCUGCUACCCGGAGGAUCCCCUCCGGUUUGCGCAUCUUCUUCGGCCGGUCCCAAUGAGCCUCCUGCUGUCGCCGCCGCCGCCGCUGCUGCUGCUUCUCGCGGCGCUUGUGGCUUCAGCUACAGCCACAACCACUUACCGGCCGGACUGGAACCGUCUGCAGGGCUUGGCCCGGGCUCGGGUAGAGACGUGUGGGGGAUGACAGCUGAACCGCCUAAAGGAGGUGAAGGCUUUCGUCACCCAGGACAUUCCAUUCUACCACAACCUGGUGAUGAAACACCUCCCUGGAGCCGACCCAGAGCUUGUGCUGCUGGGCCGCCGCUAUGAAGAACUGGAGCGCAUCCCUCUCGGCGAAAUGACCCGUGAGGAGAUCAACGCGCUAGUGCGGGAGCUUGGCUUCUACCGCAAGGCGGCGCCCGACGCACAAGUGCCCCCUGAGUACCUGUGGGCACCAGCUAGGUCCCCCGAGGGAACUUCGGACCACACCGACCUGUAGUCCGGAGACGCAGCGGAACUAGAACCACCCUGCCUGAGUCCCGGAGACAGAAUGAAGCGCUCAGCAUUCUAGGAGUAUCUCCCUUGCUGAGGGCCGACUCCCCGUCCCCGGGCCUGCAGGAAUGGAGUUGGGGAGGUUUUUCCCAGCCUGUUUUCUUCCAGCUCCAGCUCCAGUAAAUCCCUUCUGCCUAA